AUGAAAGCCUCCCAAGUCAUCGGUGCCUGCCUGGGCAUGGCUACAUUUGCCGUAGCACACAUGGAGAUGAAAGACCCUCCACCCUUCCGUUCCCGUUUCAACCCCUAUACAGACUGGGACAUCGACUACGACAUCACUUCGCCCCUGGAGUCGGACGGUAGUAACUUCCCCUGCAAAGGCUACGCGAAAUAUCUGGGCACCCCGAAGGGCAGACCAGUAGCAAGUUGGACAGCUGGCGGUACUUACUCCAUGACCAUCAGCGGAGGUACUCCUCACAAGGGUGGAAGUUGCCAAGCUUCGGUUUCGUACGAUCGUGGCACAUUGUGGAAAGUCAUUCGCUCGUACAUUGGAAACUGUCCAGUGAUGGGUGACUCCACGUAUAGCUUCACUCUGCCCAACGACUUGCCCGCUGGCGAGAUGCUUUUCGGCUGGUCUUGGUUCAACCACGAGGGCAACCGCGAGAUGUACAUGAACUGCGCUGCCAUCACGGUCAAAGCCAGCAACAGAACUACUAGACGCGGCGCCGCAGAGUCCUACAGCAGCCGUCCUCCCAUGUUUGUCGCCAACGUUGGAAACGGCAUCUGCACGUAUGAGGGAACCGAUGUUGAAUUCCCCCAGCCCGGCCCUGACCCAAUCCGCAACUCGCGCUGGCCUCAUGCUCCUGGAAAUAACGGCUGCAACAACUGGGGUGGUGACUGGUGA